GAGUUAUUUAGUUUGAUUCAUAGUGACUGAGAAAUCCGGAUUACAACAURAUUUACUAGUCAACACUACAGGAAGAGGAAAUGUAAUCCACAGGAACCGACACUGGAAACUCACGAAUAUUAUUUGGUAUUGUCGUGGUAGGGGUUAGGUUCAAUUGUUUGAGCUGCCAGCCACCCCCUUAGACCGCGUUAAUUGUUUAUGCGUAACGGACAAGCGCCGCGCACUCUGUAUAAAAUACCCCACUAUGCAAGGCCUACAAACUAUAUUUGCGGUCUUCUUGCUAGCUAUCGCCGUCUCUGCUUCGCCAAAUCAUCGUGGAAAAAGAUAUGCUGACUACAUAGCGAGGGCAGUUGAAAUCAUGAAGGCUACUCCGCUGAUAGAUACGCGAUUUGCAACUCGUCGCGAAACGUUCCUGAUCAAGUUCUCAAAAGACUGCCAAAGAGUGAUGGGGUUGUGAUGGUGAACUUUUAUUCGUAUUUCAUUAGUUGUAGCAAUGUUUCAACGCUGGAACAGGUUGUCGGUGGCUGCAGGAAUGAAGGACGACCCUCCGUACGACGAGUACCGAUUCUUUGCGAACGUGACAUGUCGUCCGAAUUACGGCGGAGGACUSGGUGCUAAAAUACCCYAUUAUGGCGGUACAGUGAAGGUGUCACCGAUCAACAUGSAAACAAUAGAAUCGAGUUAGUUUAGUUUAGCUUUCYGGGUGCUCUCAAUGUAUUGAACAUCAAUAAAAUUGUUAAAAACAUA